ACUUCUCCAGGGGAAAAGUGUUGGGAGAUCUACAAAGUGGAUUUUUUUUUCCCUCUAUUUUCUUUUUUUUUUUCCCCUUCCCCGUUUUUUACUGCUCCUCUGCAGACUUUGCAACAAAACACUCCAACUUUGCAGAAAACUUUUUCUUUUUUUUUUUUUUUUGCCUUUUUUUGGCUUCUUUUCCGCUUUUUUUUUUUUUUUUUGCCUUUGCAAAUCUUGGAAGAGGAAAGCAGGAGGGUUGAACAGAGCCGAUCGAAACACAACCUUGCUUCAUACCAAGCUUCCCAGCAGCUCGCUGCGUCGGGAGAGACUUUCUCCUCCUGCAGAAGAAGAGAGAGGGAAGGGGAGCUUUGCGUCCCCUCUUCCUUCUCCUGCGGUUUUUCCCCCCCUCUUGACUGCUUUGAUGCAUUAAUAGCAGGACACUGGUUUUCAAGGAACUCCGCUCCCUUCCCAACCUGCCUCCUCCCAGCCCUUUGGGAAGACUUGAGAGUGUGUGUGUGUGCGUGCGAGUGUGUGAAAUCGCCGUCCCACCUCCCCAAACCCCCCUGCUCCCCCACGCCUCCCCCUGCAACCUGUAGGCUGUGCAACCCCUGCAGGCUUUUCUCUCUUUCCCCCCUUCUUCCCUCCCCCUCUUUUUGCGCUCCCGCAGACCGCGGUGCGAAUCCCCCCUCUCGAGGCGAGAAAAAGCUGAAAGAGGGAGAAAAAGGGAAAGAAAAAAAAAAAGACAAAGCAAACCUAGACGCCCCCCCGCUCCCACCGCCAAAAGAAAAGCAGGAGGGUCGCGCACCCCGAGAAAAAACCCCGGAGUGGGGCGCCUGCAAGAGGGGCUGCGCUCCCCGACCCUUUUCUUUUUUGCAAUUUUUUAAUUUUUUUUAAUUUUUUUGCCCCCCGAAGGGGCAAGCGGAAGGCAAGCGCCGCCCGCCGCCCGCCCCCCGCCGGCGGCAGCCCCCGCGCCCCGACCCGCAGCAUCCCCGCCGCGAUGCUGCUGCGGCUCCUGGUGCUGCUGGGCGCCUGCCCGGGGCUGUCGCGCUGCCUGGGCUCCUUCGUGCAGUGCGAGCCCUGCGACGGCAAGGCGCUGUCGCUCUGCCCGCCGCCGCCGCUGGGCUGCGAGCUGGUGAAGGAGCCGGGCUGCGGCUGCUGCCUCACCUGCGCCCUGCCCGCCGGCCAGCCCUGCGGCGUCUACACCGAGCGCUGCGCCCGCGGGCUGCGCUGCCUCCCGCGCCAGGGCGAGGAGAAGCCGCUGCACGCCCUGCUCCACGGCACCGCCGUCUGCCUCAGCGAGAAGAGCUACCGCGAGCAAGCCAAGGCCGAACGGGAGUCCCGAGAGCAUGAGGAACCAACCACAUCAGAGAUGACAGAGGAGACCUACCCACCAAAGUCCUACCGGCCCAAGCAUGGGCGCCUCUCCGAGCUCAAGGCUGAGGCCCUGAAGAAGGACCGCCGGAAGAAGCUGACCCUGGCCAAGUUCGUGGGCAUGGCAGAGAACACGGCGCACCCCCGUGUCGUCAUCCCUGAGCUCCGGCAAGAGUUUGAGCUGGGCCCCUGCCGCAGGCACAUGGAGGCUUCCCUGCAGGAGCUCAAGAGCAGCCAGCGGAUGGUCCCCCGUGCUGUCCACCUCCCCAACUGCGACCGAAAAGGCUUCUACAAGAGGAAGCAGUGCAAGCCCUCCCGAGGCCGGAAGCGUGGGUUGUGUUGGUGCGUGGACAAAUAUGGCAUGAAGCUGCCAGGGACUGACUACCUGAGUGGAGACCUGCAGUGCCACGCGUUCGACAGCAGCAACGUGGAGUGAAUUUGCAUCCCCUCCCUCUGCCCCAUCACUACCUACCCAGGCUCCCUUCCACCCGCCCCUCUGCACCUCCCCGCGCCCCGGGACUCCGAUUCCUUUCAUCUCAUGUAAGAAGAAAAAAAGAAAGGAAAAGAAAAAAGAGAAAGGAAAGGAAAGAAAAGAAAAAAGAGAAAGGAAGAAAAAAGAAAAAAGAGAAAGGGAAAUAGAGAAAUAAAGGAAAAAAGGAAAAGAAAGGAAAAACAAAAGAAAGAAAGGAAAAGGAAAGAAAGGAAAAAAGAAAAGAAAAGAAAAGAAAAGAAAAGAAAAGAAAAGAAAAGAAAAGAAAAGAAAAGAAAAGAAAAGAAAAGAAAAGAAAAGAAAAGAAAAGAAAAGAAAAGAAAAGAAAAGAAAAGAAAAGAAAAGAAAAGAAAAGAAAAGAAAAGAAAAGAAAAGAAAAGAAAAGAAAAAGAGGAAAAAACCCUGAAGAAACUGAGGACUCGGAAUCUACAGCAGCCUCUUGACAACAAGGAUUCAGCAAGGAAAGGACAGAGCCAGAGACAAACCAGCCCCGGCCGCUCCGCCAUCCUGCGCCUCUCCCCGACGCCACCUGUGCCCCCCUGCUGCAAGCAGAGGCCACCCCAGUGUAGGAAGCUCUCCGAGUUGGUGAUUUUCCAGUACGGGUUUCGGGUGGGUUCUUUUUUUGGGGGUUGGGUUUUUUUUUUUUUGGGUUAGCCAGCCAUUUUCUAAAGGGUCUCGAGAGAAAACUUUGUGGCCACCAGUGUUCCCUCUCCUCGCUGCAGUCCUCUGGAGUCUCCUCCCCACAUUGCUGGGACUCACUUGAGUUGAUUUGAUUUGUCUUCAGUCUCAAACAACCACCCUGGAUCCAGGCAGAUUUUGAUACGUCGGGAGAGGGAGUGGGACUGCUGGCUUCGUGUCUGGAGAUGAGCCGGGGAGGGGAACACAGCUCCUGCAACAGCAUGACUACCCCCCACCCCCACCCCCCCAAAAUAUUUGUGGACUUCAAAAAGAAAUAAUCCAAAAAGGAAAGAUAUCCUUCUCCAUCCAGUUCCUCUCAAAUGGGAGGUCAGAAGUCUUUUUUGGACAAGCAGGACUCUGACUGUUGUCCAUCCAAGUGUGGAACCGUUUGUUGCCUGCGUGCGUGUGCAUGUGUGUGAGCGUAUGUGUGCACGGACGUGGCUUUUCCUCCUUGAAAAACUUCACCGUGAAACCUGCAAUCUGGAGGGCUUAACUGUAAGGAGGGGGAGAGAUGCUGCCCCUUCCUAAAAAAUAAUAAUGACCUGCCAGACUAAGCACAGGAGCAGAGAUAUGGAGGAGCAUCAGUGCCUGUGGGAUCAGGGCCCUGCUGACGCCAAGGGCUGCAUCCAAGCCGAUGCCAGAGAUACUCCAUCGCUGUCCAGACUGAAGCAUCCCUACAUCGGUACAGGAGGAUUGGGGCCAAAACAUUUCACCACCCUUUGCUGCCAUGAGGAGAAACAACUAUGGAGUUUGGGGUUUUGGUUUUGUUUUUUUUUUUUCUUCAUAGCCAAAAAAGUGGUUUGCUCCAGGGGAAAAAAAAACCAAACCUACACUUUGUUUUGUCUUGGAUUUUUGUUAAGGCUGGUUUAUAGCCUUCCCCAUGGGUAGGAGAAUGCUGGUCUCCAUCUUUUUACAUUGAGUAUACUGUUCACGUUGCCACGGCUGAUUCCUGCCAUCCUGCAGUAAGAUCCUGUGACGGGCCCUCACCUUUAACCUGGGAUCCAGCUCUUUGUUGAGUGACAGCAGCCACCAUGCUGCGGAGACCCACUGACUCAGGCAUGCUGGACAGCUCUCAGUUGCCUUCCUGGCUUUUGUUGUUUUUAAUUUUUACAUUCAAUUUUGGGACUGUUGCCUCUCAUUUCCCCAUGACAAGGGUCUCCAGGAUGUUGGUGCUCAGAGGAGAACCUGCAGUGAAGGGAAGGAAGGAAAGGAAAGUGAGCCGUGGGGUCUGGGUGCUGCAGUCCCAGUGGGCAGACACACACCCACCAGGGACCACAUCCCACAGAUGCAGCUGGAGGUGGCAGCCAGCACUGCCCAAAGGACACGGCUGAUCUCGGGGAAGGUUUCUGCACCCCAAAGCCCCUUUGAGCAUGAUGGAGCUGGGCAGGGAGGAAAGGGGGUCCACAGCACCACUGGGUCCCCACCAGUGGGGACUAGACAAGAGGGAUUCAACAGCAAGAGGCUCUGGCAGAGGCUCUUCUCCAUCAUGGAUUGGGCAUCCUCAUAUCCUCGCAUGGCAUGGCAUCACUCCCCUGAGCACUCUGCAGGCCCCCCCCACCAGGACACUUGCCCCAGUUGAGGGCAGGACUGGACACCCCACAGUUAUUUCCCCUGGAGUUAUGGUGGGGAUGAGUUUCGCUGAUGGACUUCCAUUGAGACCUGGUGAUGCAUGUUUGGAGCCGGGGGCGAGGUGUCCUCCCUUGCCAAAAAGAAGGGGGUGCCACCAAAUGCACAUCUGUCCCCCAAAAAAACCCUGCAGGAGCAGGGUGACCCCUGCAUUACUGGAGGGGAGGACAAUGGAUGUUGGGGCCAAGGGAGGGACCCCUCUGGGGUCUGCAGGGCUGAUGGAGCAGGGUCAGUUUGACAAGGGUGGGGGGUUAAUGGUACGGUGAAGUUGGGGUGAAGAGUGGGGUAAAGAAGGCAGGUGGAGGAGAAGCCUGUGCGAACCCCAAGGGCCACAGGUCACCAUUGUCACCACUGUCUCCCAUCUUCUCCGCUCACCGAUCCCUGUGCAAAACCUCCCAACUCUUAUAGGCCAGUACCACCUUCCCCAGGACCCUUCCCUCCUUCUCUCUCCACCUUUCUUGCUUUUUUGUUUGUUUGUUUGUUCGUUUUGUUGUUUGAUUUCCCAAAACUUGAAAGCCUUUGGCUGCAGAGAAAGGAGACAUGCUGCUGGGGUGGAAUGGGAGCAGGCAGAGAAACAGCAGCUCCCCACAGACCUUGUCUUUUGGGGCUGAUGCUUUUGCAGGGUGAGGGUCAGCUCACAGGGAAUGCAGCCCAACUGGGGGCCUGGUAGCGGUCUCAUGAUGUAGCUACCACAGUGACACUGGGAGGGGGACACACGGUGCUUCCCUGACCUCCCCUUACAAAGUGAGUCUUAGCCAUGGCCCCUAGAGCCCAGCAUACCAAAAUCAGUCCCACACAGCCUCCUUCCCACAUCCAGCGCUGGGACGGCACCACCUGUCCUGUCCCCACCAACCUGGGGGGAGGAGGAUUUGAGGAUGAGGCUGCACCACCUUGCCCCACCCCAAGCCACCUCAGCUUCCAGGAUGGCACGGAGCAACCCCCUGGCCACCCGAUCCCUCGAGGCUCCCCAACAGGACGAGGCUGUUCACAGGCUGCACUAAUAUUUAGGACUGGGGUUGGGCUGGAGGUGAAAGCGGCUUCAGGAGGGGUUGGCAGUGACGAGGUGCUUUCAUUCUCAGCACUCAGCAGCACCCCUUUGCAUUUGGGGUGGAAAGACCUAAAGGGGCAGAUUUGGGAGCUGGGGCGGGGGGGGCGAGGCACACAGGGAGAUGCUGGCAAUUUGUGCAUUGGGGAAGGUGCGAGGCUUGGGGGUCUCCAGCCACAGUGUUUGCACCGAGCCCGCGCCGGUACCCGGGAUGCUGGCUGGGAAGGAGAGGACAAGAAUGGCGCAGGGGUCAGGGCAGCCCUUCCGCCACAUCUACCCCGGGGAGCGGCGCCCAGCGGCUGGGCUACCCCUUGUCUGUACUGCAGUGGACUUCGAAAACCACUAGUACAAGAGCAUUUUGCACUAUUUCUCCGCUCUCUCUCCCCCCCUUCUCUUUUUCUCCCCCUUCCCCAUGAAAACUUUCUUUUUUCUGUUGGGGUUUUUGUUGUUGUUGUUUUUUUCCCAAACGGAGCAUUGUAUAUUUAAGGACCGACAGGUCACCUUGCUUCCAGACCGCUGUCCUGGCCCUGGCUAGGAGCCCUGCCUACUGUGCCCCCCUCCCCAGCCCCACCAGUCCCCUGCCACUGCCACCAGGACAGACGUCACCGCGCACGUUACCCACCAUUGUAACACAGUUGUUAAAACACACCAGAUUCCGAGUUUCCUGCCUGGUUUUUAAUCUUUAAGCAAUACUCACUACACAUUUUACGGUAGCUUUUUAUAGCUUUACAUACAUACGGUAGCUCUGUUUUGUUUUGUUUUUGUUGUUUUUUUUUUCCAGUAAACAAGAAAUACUCAUAAUCUUACUGGUGGGAAAAAAAAAGCAGUUUGUGAAAAACUGACAAUGGAAGAAGAGCUUAAUGCUCUGUUUAGCAUUUUGUACUUAAAAAAAAUCUCACAUUUUAUUAAAAAGUGAAGAUUGCUGUAUACUAUUUAUUCAACUUAUAAUUUAUGUUACUCUUUGAUCUUUGUCUUUUCUCAUGACAAAGCAUUUAUUUAAUAAAGUUAUGCAUUCAGUUA